CGAAAGGGGCAUGCGCGCGUCCUUACUUCCUCCACGGCUCCAGCUUCUUUUCGGUCCGUCUGUGUUGAUAGCGGCUUUCGUUUCUGCACGUGCAAUCUUUCCUAUGUGAAUCUUUCUCUGUGGGACCAGUUUAUAAGCUCAUCCUGCUCUGUCAGAAUAGGUGUAAAGCCAUAGGAACCGACAACCAUGGGGGCUUAUCUGUCGCAACCUAACACAACUAAGACCUCUUCUGAUGGCGGCAACAGCAACAUGAGCUACGGUUUCUCUGCCAUGCAAGGCUGGCGUGUCUCCAUGGAGGAUGCUCACAAUUGUAUUCUAGAGUUUGAUGAGGAGACAGCCAUGUUUGCUGUGUAUGAUGGACAUGGAGGUGAAGAGGUUGCUCUGUACUGUUCAAAGUACCUUCCUGACAUCAUCAAGGAGCAGAAAACCUACAAAGAGGGCAAACUGCAAAAGGCUCUGGAGGAUGCGUUCUUGGCCAUCGACAGCAGAAUAACAACAGAUGAAGUCAUCAAGGAGUUGGUCCAGAUUGCUGGACGGCCCACUGAAGAACCCCCCUCUGAAAAGUUAGCAGAGGAGGACGAUUUGGAGACAGAAGAGGCAGCUUUGCUCCAUGAGGAGGCCACAAUGACCAUAGAGGAGCUGCUGGUACGCUACGGCCAGAACCGCAAUGCUGUCAAACAUGCUGCUGCUAUCAGUGCGGCUGCUAAGAAGGCAGCCUGCUCACUCCCUGAGGCCUCAGGAGACAAAGAGGAAGGUGAAGAAGGACAGAAGAAGGAGGGGGUAAAUGGGGAGGUGGAGGAGGAGAGCAAUGGGAAGGUGAAGGAAGGCGAAGGAGCGCCAUGCGGGUCCAAGCUGAGAGCUUGCCGGAGAACAGGAGGAGGUGAAGGCAGUGGUGCAGCAGCAGACUGUGGAGGAUCAGGAAGCUCCAACGGGGAAGAAAAGUCUUGUAAGGCAGAAGGAGAUGCAGGUCCCUCCUGCUCCUCUUUGUCCUCCAAGGCUGCAGGAGAUUCCAAGUCCAGGUUCUUUGAUGACAGCGAGGAGUCUGAGGAGGGAGAAGAAGAGGAGGAGGGCAGUGAUGAGGAGGAUGGUAGCGAAGAGGAAGAGGGUGACAGCAGUGAGUUGGAAGAGGAGGAGGAUACAGAGGAAGGAGAGGAAGACUCUGAAGAUGAAGAAGAAGAGGAAAUGUGUCUACCUGGAAUGGACGGCAAGGAAGAGCCUGGCUCAGACAGCGGCACCACAGCUGUCGUGGCUCUGAUCCGAGGAAAACAGCUGAUCGUGGCCAAUGCUGGAGACUCUCGCUGUGUGGUGUCUGAGCGAGGUAAAGCUAUCGACAUGUCGUACGACCACAAGCCAGAGGACGAGGUGGAACUGGCUCGCAUCAAAAACGCUGGAGGGAAAGUGACCAUGGAUGGAAGGGUCAAUGGUGGACUGAACCUCUCCAGAGCUAUUGGUGACCACUUCUAUAAGAGGAACAAGGUUCUGCCUCCGGAGGAGCAGAUGAUUUCUGCAAUGCCAGAUGUCAAAGUUCUGACACUUAACGAGGACCACGACUUCAUGGUCAUCGCCUGUGACGGCAUCUGGAAUGUGUUGAGCAGUCAGGAAGUGGUGGACUUCAUCAGUGAGAGGAUCAAACCUGACCAGAGUGGCAAUGUCAAAGCUCUGUCGUCCAUAGUGGAAGAGCUGUUGGACCAUUGUUUGGCCCCUGACACAUCUGGAGAUGGGACAGGGUGUGACAACAUGACCUGUGUCCUGAUCACCCUCCGGCCACACUCGUCCUCUGCUCAUUCAGAUGACACAAAGAAGAGGAAGCAUCAGGAGGAGGCAGAAGGGACUGAGCUGGAGGAGAAUGGAAAUGACAGCAAAAAGGCUAAAAGUGACUAAAGGCAAAGAGAAACUGUCCCAGAGGGAGCAGCUGGUCCCAGGCUACACCAGAUACACCAGAGACACAAUAUAUUCAAAAUUAAAUUCUGACCUCACAAACAUCAGUUCACCCUAAAACAGAACCUACAAAUACUAUACGGAUGCUCAAAGAUCAGCUGAACUAAGAUCAUCAGUAUAGUUUUUUGUCGUUAGUUUUAGGUCACUUUAAAACCCCUUCCAGUUGUUUCUUUUUAUUUGCUCUCGUUGGAAAGAAGCUGGACACAGUUUUACUUCUUAAAUUCAGAAGAGGCAGACUCACCACUCACUGGCAUGCUGAAUAGCACAUAAUUUUUCAUAUAUUUGUAACUAGAAGGAAGAUGCUGAACAAACCGGUGUACAGAGACUAGUGCGCAUCUCUGAACAGCUUGAGAUGCUUCACCAUCUCUGCACUCUGUUACUGUAGGAAACUUUCCGCACAGCACGCGCAGUUUGUUUUAGUGGAAGUUUGAGGAUAGCUCUUGUAGUGACCAGUGUCUGAUUGUUGUUCACAUCUUACAGUGCGACACAUGCGUUUUCACUGCGGUUUCGAUGCAUGAAACGUACACAUUAUUUUUCCAAUUUGAAACUGCGAGAUGCUCUCUGUGUUGUGGACAAAUUAAGAUAGCUAUUGCAUUGCAUCGAAGUGCCAUAAAAACCAUGAAUUCCUUUCAUAGAUUUCACAUCCUCAGCUUAACUAAAACCAGAUAAGGGACCCAAAAAGGCUGCAGAUUUGAAUUGUAUUUGCAUAAAGGUGAUGGUUAAAAACAGCUGAUCAGAUGAGACAAUAUUUGUUUUCUUUUUAUCCUAGAUUGAAGAUUGACAAUGCAGUGAGAAAGCACCUGUUGAUCUCAUGUCGAGCUGAAUGUGUUGGUACCCUAUUUCAGGUUCCUCUCCCAUAUUGAUAUUGCACCCCGAGUGUCCUCGGAGGCAGUUUGUGUUGACAGCCAGCAGAACUGAAGGAUUUGGGGUAUUAGUCCAGCUGCUCUUGUUUGCCAUUUUUUUUCCUCAUUAGCACCCUUUCAUAAGGGAGGAUUUUUUCAGUUUUGUUGGUCACAUAACAGCCCAAUUAUUAACAAUAUGUCACGUCUUUGUAUUCAUUCCUGUUUUAUUUUCUGUCUUGAUCAAAAUCUGUAAAUUUCAGUACAUACACAAGAGAGGUGGUGGGUCGGUGUAAUAAUAUAUAUUUUUUUUUCUCCCAGGAACAUGGAUUCAAGUCAUGUUUUUCAUAAAAUCAGCGUUCUUGAUGUUAGACCCUUGAACACCCACAUCAGACCUCUUACUCAAAUCUUAACCUUCUUGGGGUUUGACAUCAAGAAUAUUUGAUCUCCAUGAUUGGAUUAACAUUUUUUUUAUGCUCAUUAACUAUUCACGACUUGACUUAUCCAUCCUAGGAAAAAAGAAAUUGCACCCUGGACUGGCCUGCCACACACAUCAUCUCCAGGACUCUACCACCCUGCAUCCCAUUUACUCUCCCUGUAACACCACCUUAAGAUCAUCUCUAGUGCGUGUUUUAAGUAAAACGUAUUUCCAAUCAAAAGAUUAUUUUUCUUUCAUUCCUGAUGAUUCUUUUUUUUCUUUAAUAUACCUUUUCUGACCACACUAUGGAAACACCCAGACGCUGGACUGCAGAAAGGAUGCACAAAGUUGGUUUUGUUUUGUUUUGUUUUUUUGAGUGCAAAUACAGUUUGAAGUUGGGAGAGCCAAGAUGGUAUAACUGUUAAGAAUAUCUUUUUUUUCCUUAUUUUUCCUUAUCAGAAGUCUCAUUUAAACCAUAUUGUGACUGUAAGUCUGUUUCUAGUGUACUAUCUCGUCACCAUGCCCUUUUUUCUGUACAUAGUUUUUUUCAAUACUUGUAAUUGAAGAAAAAGAAAAUGCUUUUUCUUUGUAAUUGUGAGACAAUGUGACAUUUUUGGUGCAUAAUCUUUUGACACCAGUAUGUAAGUACAUACAAAUACAUUUUUUAAAUAAUGAGA